UGCAUACGUCGCGUCGUACACACAUCUUAGGCUACUUUUAGCCUUUCCCUGCCAAAGACCGCUGAUUUUGGAUUCAAUAGGCAAUGAUGAUAGAUUUAGGUAGAUAAUUGUUGCCGAUAUGUCCAAUUUUUAGUUUUUUGCUUACUCUAAAGAUACGAGAAAUCAUACCUAUUUCCCACAAACAUACUUAAGAUUACAGACUCUGAUACUACUCAGAAAGAUAAAGAUUUUGUUUAUAUAGGCACCUAACGUGCUAAACAGUUAGGUGUAUCGUCAGGACAUCUAUGAGGUGCGCAAUGCCGACAUCAGCAUAUCUUCUUUGUGUACUUUUUUGCUUGAAUCUGUUCAUACGCACUGGAUCAUGCGAAACGCGUAUAGUCGGCGGCCAACCAGCAAAGGAAGGACAAAUUCCAUACCAGGUUGGAUUAAGAUCAGCAACUCGGAAUAGUCACUUCUGUGGAGGAUCAAUUAUUUCGCCAACUCACGUAUUGUCGGCGGCGCAUUGUGUCGGGGUCUCCUUCUUCGAUCUGUAUAUGCCAGUACCCGCGCGUGUAAUAUACGUUUUGGCGGGACAAAUACUUUUGGAUGUUAAACAAAACAGCACGAUGAGAUAUGUCGAACAAAUUGUCGCUCAUGAGCAAUAUGAUCCUGUCGACAUUCUGAACGAUAUCGCCUUAAUUAAGUUGCAAUUGGAGCUGCCUCUGAAACCUGGAAGCGCUAUCGAUUCAAUAUCGCUCGCGAAAGAGGUGAUAGAAUCGGGAUCUUGCAUUGUUUCCGGAUGGGGAGUUACAUCUUUUGGAUCAAAAAAACCCACCAAGACUCUCUAUUGGGCAAACCUGGAGAUUUUUCCUUUUUCUGGAUGCGUGCAGCAGUAUGAAUUAGGUGGCGUUCAGAUCACAAACGGCAUGGUGUGCGCAAUGUCAGACAAACUAAUUGAUGGCGCUUGUCAAGGAGAUUCUGGAGGGCCACUAACUUGCAACGGAGUCCUAACGGGAAUUGUCUCAUUCGGCGUGGGUUGUGCGCACAAGACUUAUCCUGGGGUUUUCACUAAUGUGGCUUACUACAGCGAUUGGAUUGAUAGGACCAUUCGGAAAGUCGAUACAACUACGUCGACUUCCGUUGUUGCACCCAUUGUCACAACCCCAUCUGUUAUUGUGAACACCACUGCUGCACCACCCAAACACAGGAAUAGUACCACGGGUAGCGGUAACUCAGCCUCGUUAACGGUCAUAUCUCCACACAUUAAUUUAUUACUGCUAUCGUUGUGUGUGUUCAGCUACAAAAUUAUGUCAGCAGUUAAUUGAUCUCGCGAAUCGCAAGUAAAUAUAUAUCUGUAAAUAUGACAGCAUAUGAAUUUUAUGUUAAAUAA